AAACGGCCUAUUCUUCGCCACCUGUUCCACAACUCACAAGCUCGUCCUUACUUAAUUGACAACUAUACCCCCAUCACUACCACAUUAUUACACGCCACUAUUACUAACUAUUCCAUCAUUUUGCAUAAACAGCAAGGGUAGUUUCGUACCAAGAAAUGCCAAAUCCAGAGUCCCACAGAGACUCCCCAAUCCAGCUCAAAUUUUGCAGAAUCUCCGCUGAACUCAGCAACAACGUUUUCUUCUUCAUCUUCAAAAUUCAAAUCUCAAAUUUCAUUGCAGUACUAUAUAAAUUCACCACCAAAACCCAAAUCAAAUCACUACCCAAUUCACUAUCUCUCUCGAAUCGAGUUGGGUUUGUGUGAGAUUGAUUGAAAAUGAAAGCUUCGAUCAAGUUUCGCGAAGAGAGAAACCCACUUUUUCGAGCUAAAGUCCCUCUCAACAUUCUAGGGUUACCAUUCCAAUCCGGAAUCGUUGCUGGAGAAUCGAAAGAACUGUCUCUGAAUCUCGGAACUUUCUUCGACUCUGGUCCUUCUCUGAAGAUCGCGUAUCGACCCAACGAUUCGCAAAACCCUUUCAAUCUCGUGUUCAAAACCGGGAUUGGGCACUUUGGAUCGCCGAUUUCGAGUCCCAUGACGAUGAGCGCUGAGUUCAAUCUCAUCGGGAACCAAAACCCUAGCUUCUUCAUCCACUUCAAGCCCCAAUUCGGCGAUUUCUGUAUCAAAAAGUCCCAAUCGUCGGACUUUGUUGUGAAGAGCAUUAAUUCGAAACCCAACGGUUCGAUCUCCGACGACGAUUCAUCGAUGGAGGUGGUCGAGACGCCAGUGAAGAACCCGAUGUUCUCCGGCAAGAGAAUUACGGUUUUGACAUCGGAGUCGCCGGCAGCGAGCUUGAUUGGUGGGUUGUUGAGUGGUAUGGAGGCGAGCGCGAAGACUGUUGUUCCGGUGAUGAAUCGAGCGGUGGUGAAUUUCAGGUGGGGAUUUAGGUUUCCGGUGGCGGAGGAAGCGGCGGCGAGGAACCCCGCUGCGGCGAUUUCGAUCCAGAAGCUUCCUCUCCUGGUGAUGAACAAAAUUGGGAUCGAACCCAUGACAGAGGACGAUUCGAAAGAUUCAAUCAAGGUGAGCCCGGGUUUGAAUUUACAGGGAGGUGAUUUUGUGGUGGAGACUUGUUCGGCUGUGAAGCGUCAAUUGGAGCUCAUACAAGUCGAGAAUGGGAUGCUUAGGAAAGCCAUGGAUGAUCUGAGGUCUGAAUUUUCCAACGGAAAGUCGAAUUUCUCGGCCGCUUCCGGGGGUGUUGAGUUGGGAAAAUAUAGAGCUGAUCGCCGGAGUAACGGCGAUAAAAUUUCAUCGGAAUCGAAUGGGUUUGGAGGAAAGGUGGCGGAAGGGGACGUGAAUGAUGGGUUGAAGAAGGCGGCCACCGGCGGUGCUUGAAACUUGACGACAUUGCUUGAUAUGCAUUUCUCAAUGCAGUGUUUUUGUGGUUUUGCAUUUAUGUAUUAAAUGUUUUUUUUUUUUUUUUUUGGUUAUAUUAUUUAUCUAUAGUUUAGGAACUCAUUUUUCUUUUUUCCUUCUUUCAUUUUUGUUUAGAGUUUUUGUUAUAUUUUUAUUUUGUUUGGUUGUUUAGGAAAUGGUCUGUACAUUGUUUAUAUAUAAAGUUUGGAGUUUGGCCCCAUAUUUCUAGGUGAAAUUUUAUUUA